AUGGUUGAUGUAGGAAUAAACGGACGGGUAUCUGACGAAGGGGUCUUGAGAUAUACUGAUUUCGGAAAGACUUUGUCUAAUAAAAGGCUGAACUUACCACAACCUGCCAUUUUGCCAAACAGUGACAAAAAAUUACCAUUUGUUUUCGUUGGAGACGAAGCUUUUGCACUAACCGGAAAUUUCAUGAAACCAUUCAGCCAAACCGGCUUGACUUCAGAUGAGGCAGUAUUCAACUACCGACUAGCCCGUGCCAGGCGUAUAGUUGAAAACGCGUUCGGGAUUUUGGUCAGUCGAUUUAGAGUUUUUCCAAGACCAAUAACGGUAAAUAUUGAAAAGCAUUAUAUCCAUGGAAAAUUAAAUGCUCAAUGCUCAGAAUUAGAAGUGAUCCUUUAA